AUGGACACUCCUAAACAAGCAUGUUGGAUUGUAAAGAAAAUCUUUGAUACUAGGCAAUGGUUUCUGAAAAAGCAUUCAAGAAAUAAGUUGGAGCAAUACCAUAGAAAUGGCAAGUUUAACAUCAAAAAGUUAUACAUUGUAAUGAGACCUCAGUUCCAGAAGAUUUGGUGGAAGAAGAUUACAACAGGAUCAAAAGCAAUACCAAAGUAUAGAUUUAUUCUUUGGUUAGCACUUUACAGGAGAGUAGCCACAGUGGACAGGCUAAGAAGAUGGGGCAGUAUAGUUGAUAAUGAAUGUGUAUUAUGUGAUACAAAUGAGGAAAAGUCAAUGGAGCAUUUAUGGUUUGGAUGCAGUUAUGCCAAAACAAUAUGGUCUAAAUUGUUACAUUGGCUAAAUGAAACCCAUCAGAUUGGUAAUUGGGAUGAGAAGAUUAGAUGGCUGAAAAGCAUAAAUACAAGCAAAGCUCGUGGAGAAGUGCUCGUGUUCCUGUUCACAGCCAUGGUGUAUCAUGUUUGGACAUAA